AAACUGGACACAAUUAUAUCCCAUUCGAGACUUUUCGGUUCCUCCUCUUCCCUGUAUAUUCAUUGCGUUUCCUUUCCUUCCUACUCUUUCAAUUUUCCUCCUGCCAAGAUCACUUUUUGAGAGAGGGAGGGAAUGGAGGAAGUAAAGAAGCUUCGGUGCCAGAGAAAUGGAUGCGACGCCGUGUUCACGGAGGACGAUAACCCCGAAGGUUCAUGUAGAUAUCACGAUUCUCCUCUAUUUCAUGACGGGAUCAAAGAGUGGAGUUGUUGCAAGAAAAGAAGUCACGAUUUCAACUUAUUUCUAGAAAUUCCAGGAUGUAAGACAGGUCAACACACAACUGAAAAACCUGUGCAGACAAAGGCAGUUACUACUCUCAAGAAACCAAUUCCUGCUGCAGCUCUCACAGCUGGUCCAUCUUCAAAAGAAGCUUGCUCUAGGUGCCGUCAGGGAUUCUUUUGCUCAGAACACGGUUCACAAGCUGGAGAAAUGAAUCCGAAACCAUCAAAUCGAGCAGCACUUGUGCCUGCUGAAGUCGAUACAGAUGUAAAAGUCCUUUCUGCUCCACCAAAGAAGAUAGUUAAUAUAAACCAGCCGCAAAUCUGUAAAAAUAAGGGAUGUGGUAAAACUUUCAAAGAAAAGGAUAAUUAUGACACUGCAUGCAGUUACCAUCCUGGGCCCGCUGUAUUCCACGACCGGAUGAGAGGGUGGAAAUGCUGUGACAUUCAUGUGAAAGAGUUUGAUGAGUUCAUGAGUAUACCGCCGUGCACCAAGGGAUGGCACAAUGCUGAUCUGUCAUGACUGAUGAGAUAGAGAAAGCAGCACUGAUGAGGUAUCUCUUUGUUACACUUCACUUUAAUUUAAGUAGGUUGGUGGCUUGAUGCAGUCAGCUAUAUGGUGUUGUGAUUUGUAAUCGAACUGAUCCGUGGUUAUUAAAUUAUUAACUUAACCUAUCAUUCAUGAGAUAGAAUAUACCAGACCAUCAGCAGACUUCCCUCUAGCCUGUUAAUUUUAUAAAAACCUUCAGAUAAUUUCAGUAUGCUUUCUUAUUA